GAAAUUGCUGCUGCUCGUCAGCUUCCGAAGUGUCUUCUUAGUUGGCUUGAAGCACGACGCAAGCUUCUUCCUGACGAACGAAGAAAGUAUUUACCAACAAAAGCUAACCUUGAUUGUUCAUGGUUGGAGCUAAUAAAGCAUCUAAAGUCGAUUGUGACCUCCCUUGAAAAGAGGGCCAGAGCUAAGCGGAAGGUUGCCUCAUCCUCAAAUAUUAGUCAAUCCUCCAAGGAACGUCAUUUCAGUAAACACAUUACAUCUGCUUCUGUGGGUGAGCCUAACAAGGCUGUGGACGAGCUCACCGAGGCUGUGGACUUUCCUCCUGAACUCAAGAUAACUCACCUGGUUGGUGACAAUUGUGAGUUAGUUUCCUCAAUAAUUUCAUACCCAACUUGA